GGAGCUCUCCUUCGAACUUUCCUGUGGUCGGAAUCUUGGAGUGAGCUUGGAUUGCCCUGAUGGAGGAGCAGUUCAUCCUCCGGGUGCCGCCAUCCGUGGCGGAGCAGAUCGAGCGUCUCAUGAAAGAAUCCGCCGCCGGCUCAUCCUCCAACCCCGAGGACGCCUCCCUCGACCUCUCCUUCUCAGAGGACGGAAGGAGUGGCACAUUUAUGAUUGGCAACCAGAGCUUCCCUGCAUCUCUAUUGGAUCUCCCAGCCGUUGUGGAGUCAUACAAGACAUAUGAUGAUUCAUUUUUAGUUAAAACUGCUGACAUCGGUCAGAUGGUAAUGGUAAGACAAGAGGAUGAUCCUGCUCCAGAAGGAGUUGAAUACAAGCAUGGACUUACUCCUCCAAUGAGGGAUGCACGCAGGCGACGCUAUCGCAGAGAACCUGACCUGAGUGCAGAUCUUGUUAACCGAGUUGAGAACGAUCUUAUAAGUAUCAUGCAAGGAGUAUCUGUCAACCAGAAUACGAGUGUAGUAGGAGCUGGUGAAGGCCCCAAGAAAGCUGCACCAGCUCGUGCACCCGAGCCUGAAGCUCAAGAGCCUGCUGCAAAUGGCGAAGAAGCUGAGCCCGAUAGGACUGACUCUGAUGAAUCAGAUAACUGAAGUUGGCCAGGAUAUACAGUGCCGCUUCAAUUGGCUGAGCAAACAUAGUGGAUUUAGCGAUUCAGAUGAACACAAUGUGUAUGCAUCUCUACCAACCAAGAGCUCAUGCUUGUUGCCUUAGGGCCUGCUGAUUACCAUCUCAGUAAUAAUGGUGUGACUUAGCAUUAUGGUAGAAGAGUAUAUGUAUACUCACUUGUGGUGCCUCGGUCCUUGUAGUUGUAACCUUACUUGUAACCGGAAAAAAAUCGGCUGCAACUAUGAAUCGCGAUGCAAAACCAAUAUUUUUAUCCACCACAUUGUGUAACUAAA